AGGAUGAGUAAAACUAAAUCUGCUGUCCUCUGGAACAACCUAGAAACUAUUUCAUGUCUGGGACAAAGAAGCUGAUAGACUUGCGGGGACAGUUCUUACGAAACCACCAACUUUGUGUGCUUUUUGUGUCAGAGAAUCAGAGAGUCAGAAAACAACACCGUAUCUAGGAGGUAGGAUUCAAAUGCCCUGAGAUAUGGGCAGAGAUAAGCUUCCUGCACUUCAGAGACUUCUGACUCUGAAGUGCUUUGAUUGGCAGGAAAGCAGAUGGGGAAGAAAAGGCAAAGUAACCAAUUUCAAGUUUUUUGUGUGUAGUUUCAGUUCAGAGUUAGAACAUUCACAGUGAAAGUAUAUCCUUUCAGACUGUAGAAGCUUAGGUGGGGCAAAGAGAAGGACAGAAGUAUAUCUGAGUUGGGAAUGAGUCUGAGAAGCUAAAACGGUAAAGAUGCUUCCAGAAGCAGGGACACUUCUUGACUGGUUUUAAUCCUCCUUAGUGAAAUAUUAGUGAUUUACUUCAGCUCCAACCUGAGGGAGCUCUGGUGGAGAGGGCAUAGGACGAACGCCCCCAGCUGCUCCCAAGAUGCAAACUAGGGGAUGAGCACAGCCGGGGAGAUGGCCUUGACCAAAAGGGGGUGAGGCCAAGAGGCCAUGGUAAACAGGAAGCCCUUAACCAAGACACAUACCGGGAAAGAAGAGUCAGAGCGAGCAGGGCGCUCACAUCUCAAGAUAAAGAAGACACUGCUGAUAGGAUCUGAGAGGAAGGAAACAGUGCAUCGUGCUGGGGCUCUCAAUGUGACAUUAUAAAUUGUCUUUCUGUAGACUGGCCUCCCAAACAGGUUCCAGAGAUGGAUUACCUUACUUUCCUCUUGGCUAUUCUUUAUGUAUACAAAGCUGGAUGUGAACAGAUAUUUUGGGACACAACUGUUAAACUUGCUAAGAAUAUGGCCCUAGAAUGUGUGUAUCCAUCAAAGGACACUUUAACCCAGAUGGAGUGGUUCAAGAUCAAGACACUGGAGAGAGAGUCCAUAGCCAUUUUCAACCCUACUUACCGUGUGAUCAUAAGAGAGCCGUACGUUGAUAGGGUUUACUUUUCAAAUUCAACCACGGCCUCUAACGAUAUGACCUUGUCCUUCCAUAAUGCCUCUGAGGUGGACGUUGGCUUCUAUUCCUGCUUUCUUCAUACUUUCCCACAUGGAACCUGGGAAAAGGUGAUACAGGUGGUUCCAUCAGACGGUUUUGAGACAGCUGUGCCAUCAAAUAGCCAGACAGUCUCAGAACCUGGAAAAAACGUCACACUCACCUGCCAGCCUCGAGCGAAAUGGCUGUUACAAGAAGUUACAUGGGAGAAGAUCCAGCCCCAUCAGAUUGACCUCUUAACUAGCUGCAACUUGUCCCAAGGAAGAAGUUACACUUCAAAGUACCCAAGACAGAUACUGAGCAACUGCACCCAGGGAAUGAGGAGGGCCUUCAUCACCAUGCCCCACAUUAGGACCUCUGACUCAGGACUCUACCGCUGUGGCUUCAAAGCCAGCACAGGAGAAACUGAAACCUUCAUGACGAAACUGAUCGUAACUGAUGGUAAAACCAAUAACCAAUCCAUCCUCUUCAUGGCCACAGGGACAGCUUUGUUGUUGCUGUUGAUUAUCCUAAUUACCACCGUCAUUGCCAUUCCUUAUAAGAGAAGGAGAAGGAGACAGAAAAGAGGCCUAUUUAAAGAGUACUGGGACACACAGAAUAGGGCAACCAACAACUACAGAAGUCCUGUCCCUGCCAAUCAACCUUCAGAUGGUGCAGGAGAGGAUAUUUAUGUCAACUACCCAACCUUCUCUCGUAGACCAAAGACUAGAGUCUAAGCUUUUCCCUUAAUCUGAACAUAUUAAUGAUGACUGUUAUGCACAUGGAUCUUUAUACCAUUUCUUCCCACUAUUUAGUGUCUACCUUGGAUACUAGUUGACCAAAUUUAUUUCAUUUGACAGGAAAAAUACUGCCUUAACUAGAGAGCAUUCUUAACAGAAAUGUUUUAGAAAACCUGACUCUAAUUAGCUUACACAUAAGAGGAAACUUAUUGAAUCCUGUAAUGGAACAAUGAAGGGGAGAUCAAGCUUCAGGCAAGGGUUAUUUACCAGGGCUUAAAUGUUAUGUCUAGAAUUAAGUAUGGAUAUGAGACAGUUUCUGCAUGCCCUUUCACAGUGCUGGAUCCACUUCCUUGGUGUUAGCCUAACUCUCAUUCAGGCUUUUCCCUUGUGUUUCCAAGAUGACUGCCAACAACUCCUGGCAAUUCAUUUUAUUUAUUUAUUUUUGGCUGUGUUGGGUCUUCGUUGCUGCAUGCGGGCUUCUCAUUGCAGUGGCUUCUCUUGCUGCGGUGCACGGCCUCUAGGUGCGCGGGCUCAGUAGUUGUGGCGCACAGGCUUAGUUGCUCCGUGGCAUGUGGGAUCUUCCCGGACCAGGGAUCGAGCCCGUGUCCCCUGCAUUGGCAGGUGGAUUCUCAACCACUGCGCCACCAGGGAAGCCCCCUGGCAAUUCAUAAUCCUUGUUUCUGUCUGGUAAAGAGUUUGCUCUGAUAGAGCAAACACAUUUGGUUACUUGUCCAUCAUAAAACGGUCAUUAUGACCAGAAAGGAUGAAAUGGCUUAAGUCAGUUAAGGGCUCACCUCUAGAGCUAGGUAGGAGGGGGACCAAAGCACACUACUGGGAAAUUCAGAGUUUUAUUAGAAGAAGUGAAGGGGAGCCUGGAAGCUGGGCUGGUUGCCAACAAAUGCGGACUCUAAUGACCUUCCAAGACAUCUUCUGUUAGCCAGCUAAAAAGAGUAGGAGGGCAGGUCUAGAUUAGCUCUCUCCCUCUUCCCACUUCUAGAACCUACUCUGCCAGCUUGGUCCAGAAGAGUACUUGGCAGUAGAAUGACUAAAUGGUCAAGAGGAAGAUAAAUGUGGCAGGGAAAUCUCUUCCUUUGCUACUCUCAAAUAAAUUCAUUUCUGAAUUCAUAUAGAAUUUCACUAUCCCUGGUUUAGCCUUAUGAGCAAGAGUAGUAGAUGAUCCAACAAUAACUUAAUUUUUUUAUAUUGAAGUUGUUAUACUUUUGAGAAUUAUUAUUAUUAUUUUAUUUUUUUUAUUUUUUUGCGGUACGCGGGCCUGUCACUGUUGUGGCCUUUCCCGUUGUGGAGCACAGGCUCCGGACGCACAGGCUCAGCAGCCAUGGCUCACGGGCCCAGCCGCUCCGCGGCAUGUGGGACCUUCCCGGACCGGGGCACGAACCCACGUCCCCUGCAUCAGCAGGCGGACUCUCAACCACUGCGCCACUAGGGAAGCCCGAGAAGUAUUUUUAAUAUAUAAUUUCUCUCAAAAGAGUCAGGUACCUAGACAGUAUUAGUUUUUUAAAAAAUAAUUAUGUGAAAUUUAAAUACGAGGAAAAAAAUGAUAGUUGGAAGUGGUGGUAUAGGAUGGUAGGGUAGAAAAAAGAGGGGGCAAAGCACUGGGAGGGAGGGUUAGGGAAGGAGGAAAAGGGAUCAAAGAAUAGGAAGGUACAAAGAAACUUCUGUUGCUUCGAAGUUUGGCCAAAGACACAGUUUGGCCUAAUGUUAUGACUAACAGGGCAAUUAGAGACCAUGCCUGCCAUUGUCCAAAUUCUAGAUGCAGGCAACAAUGAAAAGUAUUUGUGAAACUCAAUAACGGUCAUGGUCACCUUGAAACCACAAUGGUUUGGUAAUGACCAAAUAUAAUGAUCGUUCGUGUCUCUAAUACUCAUCUUUAAAAGAUUCUUAUUUCUAGGCAGUUCCCUGGUGGCCUAGUGGUUAGGAUUCUGGGCUUUCACUGCCAUAGCACAGGUUCAACCCCUACUUGGGGAACUGAGAACCUGCAAGCUGUGUGGCACAGCCGAAAAAAAAAAAAAGAAAGAAAAAAAAGAUCCUCAUUUCUAAAAGGUUCAUCACAAUAGCUGCAUUUAGGUUUCAAAGUUGCAGACUUUUCAUGAUAAUCUAAAGCAAUCCCAAACCAAAUUCUCAUACUGUCUAGACAGAUUCUUAAGCUGUAAUUGACAGUUUUAGCAGGCCUGUGGAUAUUUUAUGGUUUUAUCUUUAAAUACAUGCACGCCACAUAGUGAAGUUAUCUGUGAAUUACAGAAAUUGUGAAUGCCCCUACCUAUUUCAGAAGGGAAAAUGUAAAACCGACCACUCCCAGUUGUACUUACGUACAUGCAAUGAGAGUUAGCUCUCAUUUUUAUUUUGUUUGCUUAUAGACCUUUACAUCUGGAUUCAAGAAGUGUUUCCACAAAUAUAUUUGUAACAAAGUUGGAAGGCAGUUUUACAAGAAAACCAUCUACUGUUUUGUUGACUAUAUCAGAUCAAUGAAAGUUUCCAUGGCUGAAUCUAUCAAUUUGCAUGGUGAAGCAAACUUAACAUCCUUUAAAAGAUAAAUGACUUCUUUUCCCUGAAAGUUAAUAAAAAUAUUACUUUCUGGAAGAUUCUGAUAACCAAAUCCUCAAUGACUAAUGUAGGUGAGAAGUAAAACAUUUCUACCAUUACAAUAUGGUUUCAGGGAAGAUUUUUGUGGCAAACUCCUUACGUGUUGCAAAGAAAGCCUCCAGAACACUUGAAACUCAUCUCUUUUUCCAUGGGUGUUUUAACCUUUUAUAAAAAUCUCUCACUCAAAAUACUUAUGAGAACUAUUUACUCUGUCCCUUCUUUUCUAUAAAUUCUUCCUCUGCAGGGCUCAGAAUUUUUUCAGGGAUUUGGAACCUUCCUAAGUCCUGCUGAAAUUUCUCUGAUCUCCUCUACUGAUCCUGCUACACUGUCAGCUGUUAUGCUGAUGAAAUUCCAUUCAUUCAUUUUCUUUCUUUGGAUAGUCUACUUAACAAAUCACUUUCAUUGUAGUCUCUUUAAUAUUAUACCUAACUUGCUGGAGUUAUGAACUCUACCUAAUAUAUAUAAAAGACUAUGCUUGCUCUCUCUCUCUCUCUCUCUCUCUCUCUCUCUAUGUGUAUAUAUAUAUAUAUAUAUAUAUAUAUAUAUAUAUAUAUACACACACACUAUGUAUGGUAUCUAUAGUAGGUAUAUGGUAUAUAUAUAGUAUAUGUGUAUAUAUAUAUGUACCUACAAACACACAUGUAUAUAUUUUUUCCCUAAUCUGUUGUACCUACUAUUCCAGUUGUUACUAAGGAAACAGAUCAAAACAGAUCCACGGAAUGAAAGGUCAGACUUGAAUUAAAUUAUGUUUUAAAUCUUUUUUGCAAGGUGUUAUUUAGGAAACAAGAUGCUUCCUAAGAUUCUUUUUUACAUAUAUAAUUUAUACUGAUACAUAAUACAUUAAAUAAUAAUCUGUGUUUCCUUUGAAUGCCCUUAUUUUAGUAUUUACAUUAAAGUAACCAGUUACAAGGAAUUGCUGUGUGAUGACAAGGUAGGUAAGUUUGUUGAAUGUCAUUAUAGAGCCCACAGUUUUGUCAGGGAAAGAAUACAUCUUAUUAACCUACAAUGAUUAGGGUAUUGAUUAUAUUAUCAUCAGAGAGACCUUGGAACAUUAUUUAAAAGCCUUUAUGCAUGCUGAGAAAAUCGCAUAGGAAUUUCAUUAGCUUGUAAUCAUGCUUAUAUGGGUGGGAGGCAGGUGGAUGAGGUUAGCGUUUUCAGUUAGUAAAUAUUCACAUUUAUUCACAGUUUAUUACUAAAAUAUUGUACAUAUAAAUUUAAAAUACUUUGAUUAUCAAUUUACAAGAUAAAGUAAAAUAAAAAUAAUUUAAAUAGGUUUACUUUUAUUGUAAACAUACAAGUUAUGUUUGUUUGUAUAGAACUAUGUUAAAAAAUAACUACAGCUACAUUACAGUAAUUUUCCAAAUUGGUAGAGUCCACAUCGUAAUUAGAAAUCACUGUAAUCAAAAUGCUUCUCCUUGAUUUUUUUUUCUUCUCCUUGAUUUUUAAUAACAUGCUGUAUUUUGUACUGCUGGUGUGAAUGUCAACAAGAUUGAAGAUAAUGUAGAAUACAGAUGCUUAUAUAGUGAGAAUGAAGGUGCUAAACAGUGAGUACAAAGUUUAGCUUCUUUCCACAGUAGAGUUAAGAAAAUAUCUUUGAAAAAUAUAAAACAAUAGGAACAUGUAAUAUCAUUAUUUUAUUCUCAUCAUUAGUUAGGCCACUAUUAGAAGGUAGUGUCUAGAAAGUAUUGACCUUCACGUGCAGGUUUUUGCAUAAAUUAAUACACUUUUCCUCUGGUCUGUUCAUUGGAUUAUUCUAAGUCAAGUCUCUAGGCUCUUAUACAUUUAUGAAGUAAAAAUAAGCAUUUUUUUAAACUUUUCUAUUGCUAGUGAUCCGAUAGGUAGAACUAUGGCUUCUAGAAUUAACUGCAAUGCUUUCUUAAAAAAUUUUACAAGUCUUUAAGGUUGGAUUACAUAUUAUGUUUUUCGAGAUUUAAAGCACUAUGUUGUAAGGUGUUGUAAGAAAAGAUCUAAUUUGGGGGUAUGGGUGAUAAAUGUCUGGAAUAAUCCCCAUUUAUUGCCUAUUGUCCCUGUUGGAAUGAUAAGUAACAUAGUCACCCUCUUUAGAACAUUUAUUUCCGGCUUUAUAUGUAAUUUCAGACUUGGGUUUUGUAAGGCAUGCAAAUGUUUACCUUGAUAUACUGUAUUCUGUUGUUUGAAUGAAUAAAAUGUAGAGCUCCA